AUGGAAAAUCCAAGGUUAUCAUUAGAUAGAGCUCGUCGAGUUCUACUUGGAACCGGAAUAUUUUUACAAAACCCGAAAAAUUAUCACGUUAAAUUUCAUUUUCCAUUACCAUCAUCACUUAAUUCACCUAUAUUAGGUGCAUAUGAAGUUAUAUUUAAUUAUGGAAAUCAUGAAGCAAUAUUUGAAAAACUUAAUUUUUGUAUUGAUAUGACUAGUCGUAUUGCGAUUGUUGGAGCAAAUGGUGUUGAUAUUACAUUUUUAAAAUUAUUAAUAGGUGUAUUGAAACCAACUUGUGAUGAAAUUCGUCGAAAUUAUCAUCUUCGUAUUGGUCGUCUUGGUCAGCUUGCUGGUGAACAAUUCAAUUUAGAAUUAUUAGCUAUUGAACAUUUAAGACAAGCAUUCAAUAUGUCUGAACAAGAUACAAGAAAAUCUCUUGAAAGUGUUGAAUUAUCUGGUCGUGUUCAUCUAAUUAAAAUCAAAGAUUUAUCUGGUAAAGCUUUGAUUCAUAAUCCAAGUGCAGUAGCAAAGACAGUUUCAACUUUUUAA